AUGAGUGAAAUCGCAUCUUCACAGGAACGUACCGUCAACACUGUCAGAGUGUCAACGGUCAAAGCACAGCACCACUUCACGGGAGCCGAGGUGCGCCAUUAUUUCAAGACGCGGUUCACGCAGCUCAUCCCUACACGCAAGUCGAUCCGUGAGGCGCGCGAACAAUAUCCUAUCAACCCAUUUCCUGCCCUCAAACACAUGAACUGGCAGCAAACGCAGUUUUUUAUCGUUGGUUUCUUGGCGUGGACCUGGGAUGCGCUCGACUUUUUCGCCGUGUCGCUUAACAUGUCCAACAUCGCGAAAGACAUGGACAAAUCGAUCACCGACAUCUCGCACGCUAUCACGCUGGUUCUAUUGUUGCGUGUGGUGGGGGCCAUCAUUUUCGGUUAUUUGGGUGACCGUUAUGGUAGAAAGUAUCCUUACUGUGUCAGUAUGGCGCUUAUCGUAGUGAUUCAGAUCGGAACUGGUUUCGUCAAAACGUUCCCCGCGUUUUUGGGCUGCAGGGCUCUUUUCGGUAUCAUUAUGGGCUCUAUUUUCGGUAUUGCAAACGCCACAGCACUAGAAAACGCGCCCGUUGAGUCCAAGUCUAUUUUGUCGGGUAUUUUCCAGGAAGGUUACGCUAUGGGGUACUUGCUGGGGGUUAUUUUUCAAAGGGCCAUCGUUGACAAUUCUCCUCACGGAUGGCGUUCGCUGUUCUGGUUUAGCUCGGGCCCACCAGUGCUAUUUAUUGUGUGGAGACUGGUGCUUCCAGAAUCUGGUGCAUACUCUAGACGUAAGCUUGAGGAAAAGAAACUCGCAGAAAACUCCGACAAAACUGUUUCCUCUCAGUUCUGGCACACCACUUUGCUUGCAUUGAAAGCACACUGGAUCACCCUUAUUUAUCUUGUCAUCUUGAUGGCUAUGUUCAAUUUUUCGUCUCACGGCUCUCAGGAUUUGUUCCCCACCAUGUUAACCAACCAGUACGAUUAUUCAAGCGACGCUUCGACCGUUACAAACUCUCUUGCUAACAUUGGUGCGUUGGUUGGUGGUAUAAUCGUUGCGCAUGUGUCCUCAUUCAUCGGACGUCGUUUCGCCAUCAUUCUCUGUUGUAUUGGAGGUGGUGCGAUGCUCUACCCAUGGGGAUUUAUCGAAAGCCCUAAGGGACUAAACCCAUCUGUUUUCUUCCUCCAGUUUUUUGUACAGGGUGCUUGGGGUGUUGUCCCAAUCCAUCUUACGGAGCUUGCUCCCGUGGAAUUCCGCGCAUUUGUCACUGGUGUCGCAUAUCAAAUGGGUAACAUGAUCAGUAGUGCCUCAUCAACUAUCGAGGCCUCUUUGGGACAACGUUUCCCCAUUGAAGGUAAAGAAGGCAUCUAUGAUUAUGGUAAAGUGAUGUGCAUCUUCAUGGGAUGCGUGUUUGCAGGCUUGCUGAUCACCACUUUACUUGGGCCUGAAAAUAAAGGUGGAGAAGUUUUCGUCAAUGAAGGUAGGUAUGAAGAAACUAGAGGAGAUGUUGCUGCCCUUGAACGCAGCAGUGAAUACGCCUUGGAUAACUUUGAAUUCAAGCCUGAGGUUGAGCAAGUGGAAAACAAAGUUUGA